AUCGAGUUUCUGUGAAAGUGAAAGUGAAAGUUUAAUUGCACUUGUUUAGCACGUUCCUGGUGUUACAAAAGAGCUGGAAAUUCACAGAGAAUACCGAGAUCAUCAGCUGAGAAGAAUGGAUUCAGUGGGAGUGAAUGUGAUUGAAACUGCAGCUCUGGGGAGACCCUUCCAGCUGGGCAUGUUGUACGACUGCAGGAAAGAUGCUUUAAUACCAGGAAUCACAUUGUGGAAUCAAGAAAAGCUGCAGCAGAGUAUACAGACUCGUCCCCAAAUUAUUACAGAUUUCAAAGUCACAGCUUCAGACUCCAUCGAGGAAAAAUCAAACUUACUGAACAUUGGUGGCUCUCUGAAAUUGAGUAUUUUAGGAGGACUCAUCAAUGUUUCAGGAUCAGCCAAAUAUCUCAAUGACACCAAGAAGUCUUUCAAUCAACAGAGACUGACCUUACAUUAUCAUUCAACCAGCAAGUUUGAGGAACUCACCAUGAAUCAUUUGGCACCUGAAAAUAUAGUUCACCAUCAGGUGUUGGAUAAUGACACGGCCACACAUGUGGUGACAGCUGUGCUGUAUGGAGCAGAUGCAUGCUUUGUGUUUGAUCGAGAAGUUUCAUCAGAAGAGGACAAAACAACAGUAAAAGGAGAAGCAAAUGUUGCCUUCGAGAAGCUAAAAUUCAUUUCUGUAGAUGUAAAUGUAAAUCUAAAGAUGAAUGACGCUCAGAAGAAUGCAGUCCAAAAAUUCAGUUGCAUAUUUUAUGGUGACUUCCAGUUAUCGUCUAAUCCGACCUCUUUUGAAGAUGCUUUGAAGGUUUUCGUUGAUCUUCCGAAACUUCUGGGAGAAAACAGAGAACUUGCAGUUCCAGUGAGAGUUUGGCUUUUUCCUUUGGACAAAUUGCUCUCAAAAACUGUCAAACUUCAAAAAGAAAUCAGCAUGAAUCUAAUCACAAACACAGAAUCAGUAUACGAGAGUUUAAUUACAGCUGAGAUGAAAUGCAAUGAUCUUCUGAAAGACUCACCUGCUGAAGCCUUCACAGCUUUUCAUGAUAAAAUACAAGACAUGAAGCAAAACUGUUCCAACUACAAGCUGAGACUCAUGAAGAAACUGGGCUCGUUGUUGCCAAACAUCCGUGGAGACAUGAUACAGGACACAGCUCUGACCGAUCUUCUAAAAGACCAUAAUAAAUCUCCAUUCAGAGGACGUGAUCUUGAACAAUGGCUGAAAGAGAGAGAGAAAGAGUCUGACAUCAUUAAAACAUUGCUCAGACAACUCAACGAUUCUGGAGCAAAAGUAGAAAACAAUCUAGAUAAAAUCUUGAUGGAUCUAGAAGUGGAAAAUGUGGUCAGUUACACGUUCACAUCAUUGAACUGGUCAGAUGAGCUUCUUCAUAAUCAAAUGACCUACCUGAGUCCUUCAACAAAUGAGGAUACAACUGAUUCGAAGCAAAAGUCUUGGCUCACUUCUGACAUCAAAAAUACCAUGAGGAACAACCUGAAGAUAUUCAAGAGCUUGACUGACUCAAAAGAUCGUAAACCAGCUAAAUUUAUCGUUUCAUCAAAGGAAAUGAAGAAUAAUCCAGGUUCCUGCAUUCUUCUGUAUGAAAAUGGAUAUGAUGAAGCUGUUUGCUUUAGUCCUCCAUCACAACCAGCCUGUCCAGUCACUGAAGAGGUCAAAGCUCACCGUGUGGUUUUGAAGGUGUCUUCAUCAUGUCCUGCUACAGUCGAGCGCAGAUUACUGUACAAAAUGAAGCAUGAGAAAGACUGGACAUCUCAACCUGUGCUGAAGGACCAACAUACAGUUACUGUGACUGAUCUGAGAGCAGGAACUGAGUACCAGAUGAAAUGUGCAGCAGUGGGGAAACUCAACUACACCAUUGAAUCUGAUGUCAUCAGAGUCAUCACUGAGGAAAGGAACAGACGGUUUAUGGGAUACUCUGGGCUGAUAAAUGGAAAAAGCAGCAGCCUAAAUUCGGUUCUGCAAACUUUCUACAUGACAAAGGAAUUCAGGGAACACUUGGAGAGAGUGGAAAUAAGAGAUGACACUGGAAAAAUCCCCACUGAAGUGUUGAAGACAUUGUUCAGUAAACUAGAUAAAGAACAAGGUCCAGUCUCAACAACUGACAUCAGAAAAGUCUUUGACAGUGAGACAGGAAAUCGUUUGGAUUACUCACAACAGUGUCUACAUUGGAUACUCAGGAAGACUGAAUCGUCUGAGAUUUUUACAACCAUUCAUCAGAAAUCCACUAAAUGUUUGCAAUGCAACAGAAUUGAAGCAUGUACAAACAAAAUUGUUUACAUCUUACUAGACCCACAAGACUCUCAGGAUUUGGAAGAUACUUUACAGGAAUAUAUUCAUCAAAUGACAGAUUCCUCACAGGGAUUCUGUGAUCAUUGUAAAAAAACUACAAACAUGGAAAGGACAACAAACAAGAUCCAGUUUCCAAAAAUACUGAUUCUACGGUUGAAGAGAUUUAAAAAUGAAAAUUUGUUCUCAUUUUUUUUUUGGAAACGUGACACAAGAAAUGACAAUGAGGUGAUCAUUCGUCCACAGAUCAAGGUUUCCUCUCAUGAGUAUGAACUCUAUGCCAUAAUAAAUCAUUAUGGAACAAAAGAUUCUGGAUAUUGUAAUGCAGACAUCAAAUGUGAAAAUCAUCAAUGGCAUCGAUUUGAUGAAAGCCACGUGUCUGAGAGCUUUCUCAACGUGCUUUCACAAAGAAACGAGAGCUUCAAACACAGGUCUUCAACUGCCUAUAUACUCAUGUACAGGCGCAUUGAAUAAAUAAAAUAAAACUUUAUGUUGAGGUCUGAACAUCACGUGUAAUGUGAGAAAAAUGGACAAAGAGUCCUGAAAGAGGAGCUCAACAGCACAAACACUUAAAGGAAUAGUCAAGAAAAAAGGAAAUGAUGUCAUCAAUUACUCACCCUCAUGUUGUUCUAAACCUUUAUGACCGUCUUUGUUCUGUGGAACACAAAAGAGAUGUUUAGCAGAAUGUUCAUGUUGCCAUGUAGUGAUUUAGAUUAUCUUUAGAUUUAUUCAUUUACCAGAUGAUUUUAUCCCAAUAGAAAUAUCAUCAAUAUCACACUGCCAACUCCAAUGGUAUCUAGAGUUACCUUGACAAAAGCAUCAAUCUUUGAAAAGCUGUCCAUAUUCUACACACCCACAUAUAUAUUCUGUACUGUAACAUGCAGAAACAUUGUUUCUUGUUUGGCAGACAAAUUAUCAGCAGUUUAAACAUUAAGAGAAAAAUAUGUGAAUGUAAUUGACUAAAAUCCUGCAAAAUUAUUUACAUUAAAAAUCUGACAUGAUGAGAGAAUAUGAUUGUGAAUGAGUCAAUGAGAGUAACAAUAUCAGACUGUAACUGAUCAACACAAGUUAUAAAUAUGUUAUUAAUGCACCAAAUAUGCUCUAUUCUAAAGAAUACUGCAAUAUGUAUUAGACUGUGUUUUUGAAUCCUUUUCGAACAUGUUAGCUAAUUUUUCCAUAGAAUCGGUCAUGGAAAUUCCUACAUCUUCAUGUGGAGGACCACCUGUGACAAAACAAGAAAAGCAUCUUCAAAUCUGUCCAUCACCUUUAAUUUUUAAUGUAAUUGUGUGAAGAAUCAAUACUUAAAGAUGUCUCAAACUUAUCACAAUAAAGUUUGAAUUUACAUUGUAAUGUAGGAGAAA